GAUGGAGAUACCUAAAACACGUCACAACAGAAAUUUUAAACACAAAAUCCACAGCCUACCCAGCAGAAAAGUUCCCUGUGAAUCAAAUUUAGCAAACCACGGAGACAAAUUGGAGUUACUGGAAGUCUAUGCCAAUUAAUUAAGUCUAGACAUGCAAUACCAAACCACAAAUGGAGAGUCUGUACUGGAAGGCCGGAAACAAGCAGCAUUAGUAAAAUCCAAACAAUGCAUCAAUAUAUUGAGGAUGAGGGUGUCACUAGCCAAGGAGUAUUUAUUGCCCAAAGUCAACCAUGUUGCUGUGAGCCUGGAGUCACAUGUAGUCCAGACUGGAGAGUGAGGAACUUCCAGGAUCGGAGCUGCAAUGGACCCUAUCAUUCUAUUCUCAUUGCUGUGCGUGGUUGCCAAAGGUACAGUAAUAGUAAUUCAGAGAUUGCUGCUUGCUGACCAUGAAGAGCCACUCCAUGCAUUUCCAUGAAAUUGCCAUCGCAAGAAAACUGACUGAACCCAUGGGUCUGUGGUCACAGAAUAUUACAGAGUGGGAAUUGCAGAGUGACCACGAGAACCAAGUCUGGUACCUGCUGCAUUUUGGAGCCAGGGACCACCUCCUGCACUUAGUGAAAGCACAAGACCUGCUGACGCGGACCUACAGCGAAACACAUUACCUUGCGAAUGGAUCCAUGGUAACGGAGAGACGACACCACUUAAAUCACUGCUGCUACACGGGUUUUGUUGAGGGCGUAGAAGAUUCUUCAGCGUCUCUUUGCUCCUGCCAAGGUCUCAGUGGCUACAUAUCAAUUGGAGAUCGGAGAUAUGCCAUCGACCCUGUGGAAAAUAGCGACGAGAAGCACAAACUGAUCCAGCUGGGGCAUGUCCGUACCAAGAGGCACAUUAUUCCCCCGUUCUCUACGACAUCCAUGAGUCGUAAAGCCAAUCUGAGCAUCGAGCUCUUCCUGGUGGCUGACAGAGAAGAGUUCCUCCAAAACGGAGGGGACCUCAGAAAGACCCAGGAACGGUUAAUUACUCUUGGACAUCAUGUUAAUCAGAUCUAUUACAAAGAGCUAAAUAUCCAGAUUUUUCUCGUUGGCAUUGAAAUUUGGACAACAGAGAACAAGAUUAGCUCUAGCCAGGAUACUUCAAGGGCUCUGCUAAAUUUUAUGAAGUGGAGAAGCAAAGAGCUUGUGCCAAGGAUACGCCAUGAUAAUGCCCAGCUUGUCAGUGGCAUGCCUUUUAAGGAAUCGGUGGGACAAGCCUAUCUGAAUGCUAUGUGCUCAGAAGAGAGAAGUGGAGGAGUCGUCAAGGACACGUGGGCUAGCAUCCGAGAAGUGGCUACAUAUAUUGCGCACGAGAUGGGUCACAAUCUGGGAAUGCUUCAUGACAAACCCAGCUGUCAAUGCCCUGUCACCUCUGGGAAGUGCUUACUGGCAGAAUCAGCUGUGUGGAUGAUGAACCCAGUAUUCAGCAACUGCAGUAAAGUGCACCUAGAACAUUUCUUGAAUCACCAAAACAUUAGCUGUUUAAUGGACCAGCCAAAUCUUUCGAUGAAUAUCACUGUCGCGUUGGUAAAUGACAACGUCGCAAGGCACUACAAAGUCAGUGUGGCCAUCUCUGUAUCGUUGCUCUUUCUCAUUAUUGCUGGACUUGUGAUGGUAAUUUUCCAGAAACAAGGGGAACUUAUCAGUGCUACAAACCCCUGUCACUCUUCCAAAAUUCUCCUUCCACAGAACAUUGUCUAACGAAAGGGCUGCUAGUGAAGUAAAGAGAACUCCUUCAGAUCUCUGUGCCAAGGAUCUACUGCGCACUAAGGAUCUACUGAAAGAUGCCCAUGUUUUCAGGAAAACAUGUUCUCUGGGCCAGCCCUUCACUUUUAUAUGAUUUUACUCAGAAAAUGAAUCAUGUUUGGCAUUGUGCGUAAGUGAUGCAAAGACAAGAUCUCUGUGAUCACUUUCCGUAUAUUUUGCGCAGUGCGAAUGAUUUGCGAACAUUACAUGAUGGGAACCUGAUCUGCUGACGUUGGUCAUUGAAAUCAGCCAUCAGCAUUUACAAAGACAAUUUUCACAAAGACUUUGCUGGACUGAAGAAAGAUAAUCUGAAGGCAAGAAUGAUUACACCCAAAACUCACACGACUCUUUUGUGAAUGAUAGUGAAGAUGUUCAAUCAGAAACCCAGGAUGUAGGCCAUUCCAAUGGUGGUUGAAGGAAAAACAGUGUUGGCAUAACAAUAUACCAGGGUAUUUAAGUUUCAGGUGCAAUAGGAGCAGUAAGUGAGAGAGAGGGGGCACAUUGCAUUAUUGAUGUAGGAAGCCAUUACUGCAGUAAUGAGAGAGGAUGUCCGAGAAGGGUCUUCAAAUGAGGCUGAGAUAACAAAGUGUGGAGCUGGAUG